AUGGUCACCGACCAGCCCUCACUCUGCAGCCAGGACUGCUGGUAUUGGGGGGGGAUCAGCAGAACCAAAGCCCAGCAGCUGCUCUUGUCCGCCAACGCGCCGGGCACCUUGCUCAUUAGGCCCAGCGAGAGCAGCCUUGGAGAGUUCUCCCUGUCAGUCUGGGCCUAGGCUACCGCCUGCCACUACUGCAUCUGCAUGGCACCCAGCCGCAGCCUCUACCCGCAGGAAGGCCGGCCCUUCCCCACCCUGGAGGCCCUGCUUGCCAGUUGGUACAAGGCCAACUGGAAGCGGAUUCAGCCCCCCUUGCUGCAGCCCUGUGUUCCACAGAAGGCCCUGGUGCAGGACGAGUGGGAGCAACACUCGGAGUUUGUCCUUCGGAGGAAGCUGGGCGAAGGCCACUUGGGGGCGGUGUGGGAAGGCCUGCAGCUGGGCUUCCUUCAAGUCAGGUGAGCAUCUUCUUCCCCAGACGACAUGAAGCUGGCCGACCUCACCAAGGAGAUGGAGGCUCUGAUGAGCCUGAGGCGGGAGCAGCUGAGGCUGCACCCCGUGUGCUCUGUGGGGGAGCCUAUGUACGUCGUCACCGAGCUCACGGGCAAGGGCCACCGCAGGCCUGCCUGGGCAGCGAACCCCGAGGGCCAGGCCCUGAGCCUGCUGCUGCUGCUGCUGCUGGGCUUCACCUGCCAGGUGGCUGAGGGCACCUGGGAACAACCUCUGGGAAUGGCAAGUGGUCCUUGGGACCUGGCCACCAGGAACGUGCUUGUGGGCCAUGACCUCUCCUGUAAGGUGGCUGACUUUGGUCUGGCUAGGCUCCUCAAGAAGGGUGGGGACGACGUCUACUCCCCCCUCCCCCCCAGCAGCGGCUCCAAGAUCCCAGUCAAGUGGACUGCACCCGAGGCAGCCAACUACCGGAAGUCGGAUGUCUGGUCUUUUGGCAUCCUGCUGUAUGAGGUCUUUGCCUACGGCCAGUGUCCCUAUGAAGGAAUGACCAACCACGAGACACUACAACAGAUCAGCAGAGGUUGCCGGCUGCCAGGCCCGGCAGCCUGCCCGCAGGUCUGCGGCUCAUGGAAGGACAGCCCGGAGGAGCAGCCUGCUUCGGCUGCACUGUGGGAGAAGCUGGGUGCCAUCAGGCUGCACCUGGGCCUCCUGUGA